GCUGCGCUGGAGGAGGGGGAACUGGUGCUGGAGAGACAGCGAGAGGGGCGAACCGGCCCCCCACGGCCGCUGCAGGAGUUCCACCAUCUUCCUCUGAAGACCUAGCCAUCUUGCUCCAUGAAGGUCAGGACAAUCUGACAUGCACUUGUUUCUUGCCUCUUUACCUGAAGAGUAGUCCUCUUCCAUUGUGUACAUUUUUUUCUUAAUAGGGGAGGGGAGGGGAGAGCCAUUACCCCCCCUCCCCUUCCCUCCCUAAACCUUGGGGAAGUAACCCCCAUUGCUUUCCCAAGAUGGCAGACCCCAUCAUGGAUCUGUUUGAUGACCCAAAUUUAUUUGGCCUGGACUCUCUUACUGAUGACAGCUUCAAUCAGGUUACACAAGACCCUAUUGAGGAAGCCCUUGGACUGCCAAGCUCUCUGGACUCCUUGGAUCAGAUGAACCAGGAUGGUGGAGGUGGUGAUGUGGGGAAUUCAUCAGCAAGUGACUUGGUCCCCCCACCAGAGGAAACAGCCCCCACAGAACUUCCCAAAGAAUCGACAGCUCCAGCUCCAGAAUCUUUAACCUUGCAUGAUUAUACCACUCAGCCCGUCAGCCAAGAGCAGCCAGCCCCACCUGUCUUACAGACACCGACGCCAACGUCAGGACUUUUGCAGGUCUCCAAGAGCCAGGAGAUCCUGAGCCAAGGGAAUCCUUUCAUGGGUGUCUCUGCCACAGCUGUUCCCUCCAGUAGUGCUGGAGGGCAGCCACCUCAGUCAGCCCCUAAGAUUGUUAUCCUUAAGGCCCCACCCAGCUCCUCAGUCACUGGUGCCCAUGUGGCACAAAUUCAGGCCCAAGGUAUCACCAGCACAGCUCAGCCCCUCGUGGCUGGCACAGCCAAUGGUGGAAAAGUCACUUUUACCAAAGUGCUAACCGGCACUCCCCUUCGACCUGGUGUUUCCAUUGUCUCUGGUAAUACAGUGUUGGCCGCCAAGGUCCCUGGGAACCAGGCUACUGUUCAGCGCAUUGUCCAGCCCAGCCGACCAGUAAAGCAGCUGGUCCUACAGCCAGUUAAGGGUUCAGCUCCUGCUGGAAACCCUGGGGCCACAGGGCCCCCACUGAAGCCUGCAGUUACACUGACCUCUACACCUACCCAGGGUGAAUCGAAACGCAUCACGCUGGUCCUCCAGCAGCCACAGUCUGGAGGUCCCCAAGGACACCGGCACGUCGUGCUGGGGAGUCUGCCAGGCAAGAUAGUGUUACAGGGCAACCAGCUGGCAGCCCUGACGCAAGCCAAGAAUGCCCAGGGGCAGCCGGCCAAAGUAGUGACUAUCCAGCUGCAGGUGCAGCCGCCACAGCAGAAGAUCCAGAUUGUACCGCAGCCCCCGUCGUCGCAGCCACAGCCCCAGCAGCCAUCCUCAGCCCAGCCAGUGGCUCUUUCCUCUGUGCAGCAGGCUCAGAUAAUGGGACCAGGGCAGGGCCCGGGACAGAGACUUUCAGUACCGCUCAAGGUGGUGCUGCAGCCCCAGGCCGGCUCUUCCCAAGGGGCCUCUUCUGGGCUCUCCGUAGUUAAAGUUCUAAGUGCCAGUGAAGUGGCAGCGCUGUCCUCACCAGCAAGCUCUGCUCCUCAUAUGGGGGGCAAGACGGGAAUCGAGGAAAACCGUAGGCUGGAGCACCAGAAGAAGCAAGAGAAAGCAAAUCGGAUUGUAGCGGAGGCCAUUGCUAGGGCCCGUGCCCGGGGCGAACAGAACAUACCUCGAGUCCUGAAUGAGGAUGAGUUGCCUAGCGUUCGGCCUGAGGAGGAAGGUGAAAAGAAACGCAGGAAGAAGAGCAGUGGGGAGAGGCUCAAGGAAGAAAAGCCAAAGAAGAGCAAAACAUCUGGUACCUCCAAAACCAAGGGCAAGAGUAAGCUAAACACCAUCACUCCUGUGGUGGGUAAGAAGAGAAAGCGUAAUACCUCAUCUGAUAAUUCAGAUGUGGAAGUCAUGCCUGCACAAUCACCCCGGGAAGAUGAAGAAAGCAGCAUUCAGAAGAGACGCUCAAACCGCCAAGUUAAACGGAAAAAAUAUACAGAGGAUCUGGAUAUAAAGAUCACAGAUGAUGAAGAAGAAGAAGAAGUAGAUGUAACUGGUCCAAUCAAAACUGAGCCUAUCCUGCCUGAGCCAGUGCAGGAACCAGAUGGCGAGACUUUGCCUUCCAUGCAGUUCUUUGUGGAGAAUCCCAGUGAAGAAGAUGCAGCCAUUGUAGACAAAGUGCUUUCUAUGCGUAUUGUGAAGAAGGAGCUUCCUUCUGGACAAUAUACUGAAGCAGAAGAAUUCUUUGUCAAGUACAAGAACUACUCCUAUCUACACUGUGAGUGGGCUACCAUCUCCCAACUAGAGAAGGAUAAGAGGAUCCAUCAAAAACUAAAGCGCUUCAAAACCAAAAUGGCUCAGAUGAGACACUUCUUCCAUGAGGACGAAGAGCCCUUCAACCCAGACUAUGUAGAGGUGGAUAGGAUAUUGGAUGAGUCUCACAGCAUUGACAAGGACAAUGGGGAGCCUGUAAUUUACUACUUGGUAAAAUGGUGCUCUCUGCCCUAUGAGGAUAGUACAUGGGAGCUAAAAGAGGAUGUUGAUGAGGGCAAGAUUCGAGAAUUUAAACGGAUCCAGUCAAGGCACCCAGAACUCAAAAGGGUGAAUCGUCCACAAGCAAGUGCCUGGAAGAAGUUGGAGUUGUCACAUGAGUAUAAAAACAGAAACCAAUUAAGGGAAUAUCAGUUGGAAGGGGUCAAUUGGCUGCUCUUUAAUUGGUAUAACAGGCAGAACUGCAUCCUGGCUGAUGAGAUGGGAUUGGGCAAAACCAUUCAGUCCAUUGCCUUCUUACAGGAGGUAUAUAAUGUGGGCAUCCAUGGCCCCUUCCUGGUCAUUGCCCCACUGUCCACAAUUACUAACUGGGAGAGAGAAUUCAACACGUGGACAGAGAUGAACACUAUUGUGUACCAUGGCAGUCUGGCCAGCCGGCAGAUGAUUCAACAGUAUGAAAUGUACUGCAAAGAUUCACGGGGGCGCCUCAUCCCGGGUGCAUACAAGUUUGAUGCCCUGAUCACCACUUUUGAGAUGAUUUUGUCAGACUGUCCUGAGCUUCGUGAGAUUGAAUGGCGUUGUGUCAUCAUUGAUGAAGCCCAUCGACUAAAGAACCGUAAUUGCAAGCUGCUUGAUAGUCUCAAGCACAUGGACCUGGAGCACAAAGUGCUACUCACAGGAACACCAUUGCAAAAUACUGUGGAGGAACUGUUCAGCCUGCUUCAUUUCUUGGAACCUUCACAGUUUCCGUCAGAAUCAGAGUUCCUCAAGGACUUUGGGGAUCUCAAGACAGAGGAACAGGUUCAAAAGCUACAGGCCAUUCUCAAGCCAAUGAUGCUGAGAAGACUCAAAGAGGAUGUUGAAAAGAACCUGGCACCUAAGCAGGAAACCAUUAUUGAAGUAGAGCUGACCAACAUUCAGAAGAAAUACUAUCGGGCUAUUUUGGAGAAGAAUUUCUCCUUUCUUUCCAAAGGGGCAGGCCAUACUAACAUGCCUAAUCUACUCAAUACAAUGAUGGAGUUGCGCAAAUGCUGCAACCACCCAUAUCUCAUCAAUGGUGCAGAAGAAAAAAUCCUAACAGAAUUUCGAGAAGCUUGCCAUAUCAUACCUCAUGACUUCCACUUGCAGGCAAUGGUUCGUUCAGCUGGCAAAUUGGUUCUUAUUGACAAGUUACUUCCGAAACUUAAAGCUGGUGGCCAUAAGGUUCUGAUCUUCUCCCAGAUGGUACGCUGCCUAGAUAUCCUAGAGGAUUAUCUAAUCCAGAGGAGGUACUUGUAUGAGCGUAUCGAUGGGCGAGUUAGAGGCAACCUUCGGCAGGCUGCUAUUGACCGCUUCAGCAAGCCUGACUCAGACCGAUUUGUCUUUUUGCUAUGCACCCGGGCUGGUGGACUUGGAAUUAAUCUCACAGCUGCUGAUACUUGCAUCAUCUUUGAUUCAGAUUGGAAUCCGCAAAAUGACCUGCAGGCCCAAGCACGGUGUCAUCGAAUUGGGCAGAGUAAAGCUGUGAAGGUGUACCGUCUCAUCACUCGUAAUUCUUAUGAGAGAGAGAUGUUUGAUAAGGCUAGCCUCAAGUUAGGAUUGGAUAAAGCUGUGCUUCAGUCCAUGAGUGGUCGGGAUGGCAACAUUACUGGAAUCCAGCAGUUCUCCAAGAAGGAGAUUGAAGAUCUCUUACGGAAGGGAGCAUAUGCAGCCAUAAUGGAGGAAGAUGACGAGGGCUCCAAGUUUUGUGAAGAGGACAUUGACCAGAUCUUGUUAAGACGAACCACUACCAUCACCAUUGAAUCUGAAGGAAAGGGUUCUACGUUUGCCAAGGCAAGCUUUGUGGCUUCUGAAAAUAGGACUGAUAUUUCUCUGGAUGACCCCAACUUUUGGCAAAAGUGGGCCAAAAAGGCUGACCUGGACAUGGAUCUACUCAAUAGCAAGAAUAACUUGGUGAUUGACACACCUAGAGUACGAAAACAGACCCGCCACUUCAGCACUCUGAAAGAUGAUGACCUAGUGGAAUUCUCUGAUUUGGAAAGUGAAGAUGAUGAGCGGCCACGCUCUCGCCGACAUGACCGUCAUCAUACCUAUGGGCGCACUGACUGCUUUCGGGUGGAAAAGCAUCUCCUGGUAUAUGGUUGGGGACGGUGGCGAGAUAUUCUGUCUCAUGGACGCUUCAAGCGACGGAUGACUGAAAGAGAUGUGGAAACGAUUUGCCGGGCCAUCCUUGUGUACUGUCUUUUACACUAUCGUGGGGAUGAAAAUAUCAAAGGCUUCAUCUGGGACUUGAUUAGCCCUGCUGAAAAUGGCAAGACAAAAGAAUUGCAGAAUCAUUCAGUCUUCGAUGUAUCCCCUUUCCCAGGUCUGUCUAUCCCUGUGCCCCGUGGACGCAAGGGGAAAAAAGUAAAGUCACAAAGCACUUUUGAUAUCCAUAAGGCAGAUUGGAUCCGGAAAUAUAACCCUGAUACUCUGUUCCAAGAUGAGAGUUAUAAGAAGCACUUGAAACAUCAGUGUAACAAGGUCCUGUUGCGGGUACGAAUGCUAUACUAUCUGAGACAGGAGGUUAUUGGAGACCAGGCAGAGAAGGUGUUAGGGGGUGCUAUUGCCAGUGAGAUUGACAUAUGGUUCCCAGUAGUGGAUCAGCUGGAGGUUCCAACAACAUGGUGGGACAGUGAGGCUGAUAAGUCCCUGCUCAUUGGAGUCUUUAAGCAUGGCUAUGAAAAAUAUAAUACUAUGAGGGCAGACCCAGCCUUGUGCUUCCUGGAAAAGGCUGGCCGACCAGAUGACAAAGCCAUUGCAGCAGAACAUCGAGUGUUGGAUAAUUUUUCUGACAUAGUGGAAGGGGUUGACUUUGAUAAAGAUUGUGAAGAUCCUGAAUAUAAACCACUCCAGGGUCCCCCAAAGGAUCAAGAUGAUGAGGGUGAUCCCUUGAUGAUGAUGGAUGAGGAGAUCUCAGUUAUAGAUGGAGAUGAAGCCCAGGUGACCCAACAGCCAGGCCAUCUAUUCUGGCCUCCAGGCUCUGCUUUGACAGCUAGGCUUCGGCGCCUAGUAACAGCCUAUCAGCGCAGCUACAAGAGAGAACAGAUGAAGAUAGAGGCUGCAGAACGUGGGGAUCGGAGAAGGCGGCGUUGUGAGGCAGCCUUCAAGCUAAAAGAAAUUGCACGGCGGGAGAAACAGCAACGAUGGACAAGGCGUGAACAAACUGAUUUCUAUCGAGUAGUUUCUACCUUUGGUGUGGAGUAUGACCCCGAUACCAUGCAGUUCCAUUGGGAUCGAUUCCGCACUUUUGCCCGACUGGACAAAAAAACAGAUGAAAGCCUUACCAAGUAUUUCCAUGGCUUUGUGGCCAUGUGCCGCCAAGUGUGCCGCCUUCCCCCAGCAGCUGGAGAUGAACCCCCAGACCCUAAUCUGUUCAUUGAGCCCAUCACUGAGGAAAGGGCCUCACGGACUCUCUACCGUAUUGAAUUGCUUCGGCGCUUACGGGAACAAGUUUUAUGCCACCCUCUUUUGGAAGAUCGGCUGGCAUUAUGUCAGCCUCCAGGUCCUGAAUUGCCUAAAUGGUGGGAGCCCGUUCGGCAUGAUGGGGAGCUUCUACGAGGGGCAGCCCGCCAUGGGGUGAGCCAAACAGACUGCAACAUCAUGCAGGACCCAGACUUCUCUUUUCUGGCUGCCCGUAUGAAUUAUAUGCAGAACCAUCAGGCAGGAGCACCCGCUCCAUCCCUAUCACGCUGCUCUACUCCACUGCUACACCAGCAGUAUACCUCGCGCACUGCCUCACCACUGCCCCUGCGCCCAGAUGCUCCUGUUGAAAAGCCACCUGAGGAGACAGCUGCCCAGGUCCCCAGUCUGGAGAGUCUGACUUUAAAGCUAGAGCAUGAGGUGGUGGCCAGGAGCCGACCAACCCCACAAGACUAUGAGAUGCGAGUAGCCCCCUCUGAUACUACCCCUCUGGUUUCCCGGAGUGUUCCACCAGUCAAACUGGAGGAUGAGGAUGAUUCAGACUCUGAGCUGGACUUGAGCAAGCUGUCACCAUCAUCCUCUUCUUCCUCAUCCUCAUCCAGCUCCAGCUCCAGCACUGAUGAGAGUGAGGACGAGAAGGAAGAGAAGCUAACCGCUGACCGGUCCCGCUCAAAGCUCUAUGAUGAAGAAAGUCUCCUGUCCCUCCCUAUGUCCCAAGAUGGAUUCGCAAAUGAAGAUGGAGAACAAAUGACCCCUGAGCUGCUGCUGCUACAAGAAAGACAAAGAGCUUCUGAGUGGCCCAAGGAUCGUGUCCUGAUAAACCGUAUUGACCUCGUCUGCCAGGCCGUACUCUCAGGGAAGUGGCCUUCUAGCCGCCGGAGCCAAGAAAUGGUAACAGGAGGAAUUUUGGGGUCAGGCAACCACUUGCUAGACAGUCCCUCAUUGACUCCAGGAGAAUAUGGUGACUCUCCGGUCCCCACACCACGAAGUAGCAGCGCAGCUUCCAUGGCAGAGGAGGAAGUGUCCGCCGUCACCACAGCGGCAGCUCAGUUCACCAAACUUCGCCGAGGCAUGGAUGAGAAGGAGUUUACAGUUCAGAUCAAAGAUGAGGAAGGAUUGAAGUUAACAUUCCAGAAGCACAAGUUGAUGGCUAAUGGAGUAAUGGGAGAUGGACAUCCUCUUUUUCAUAAGAAGAAAGGGAACAGAAAGAAGCUAGUUGAGUAUAUGGAGGAUCGCAGAAAACAGAAGUGGCAGAGAUGUAAAAAAAAUAAUAAGGCAGAAUUGAACUGUUUGGGAAUGGAACCAGUACAGACAGCUAACUCUAGGAAUGGAAAAAGGGGUCAUCAUGCUGAAACAGUGUUCAACCGGGUUUUGCCAGGGCCUAUUGCACCGGACAGCAGCAAGAAGCGGGCCCGUAGGAUGCGACCAGACCUUUCUAAGAUGAUGGCCCUGAUGCAGGGUGGAGGCACUGGGUCCCUGUCUCUGCAUAAUACCUUCCAACACAGCAGUAGUGGCCUGCAGUCUGUGUCAUCUCUGGGUCACAGCAGUGCCACUUCUGCGUCUUUGCCUUUUAUGCCGUUUGUGAUGGGUGGUGCAGCAUCAUCCCCUCAUGUAGACUCCAGCACCAUGCUUCAUCACCACCACCACCACCCCCACCCCCACCAUCACCACCAUCACCAUCCAGGCCUGAGAGCCACUGGCUACCCUUCUUCACCAGCCACUACCACCUCUGGUACUGCCUUGAGGUUGCCACCACUGCAACCUGAGGAGGAUGAGGACGAUGAGGAUGAAGAUGAUGAUGAUUUAUCUCAGGGCUAUGACAGCUCAGAAAGGGACUUCUCACUCAUUGAUGAUCCUAUGAUGCCAGCCAACUCAGACUCCAGCGAAGAUGGUGAUGACUGAAGCCUCAUCAUGGUCCCCAUCGCUUGGGUGGCUGCUGUAUUUUCAUUUACUCUGGCCCUUGGACUGUGGAAAAGUGGGAGGGGCAGGGGAGAUGUGGGGAAACCCAGGACUCCAGGAGGUGAAAAGGAAAAAGAAAACUUGUACCUGAUUGCUUCCAAAUUUGAGAGGAUUGGCUGGGCAGGGGAACUCCUAAAACAAUACAUGACUACUUCCUCGUUUCUGGGGAAGGAAAGGAGACUAGAGCAGCUGAUGUGCUCACCCCUCCCUAGACACCUCCAUUAACCACAGACUAUGUAGCGCUGGCACUAGCCUCCGGCAGAGCCUGUUCCUGACCGAACUGUGGAUACAGCUGGAGGGUCAGGAACUGUUACCUUCCUUCCCCUUGGCAUUAAUAAAUUUAAGUUAAUCCUUU